AGCUAGCCUCCCGCCUGCUGUACCAGUAAAGUGUCCUUCUCCCACGUCUGUCGAGCAACUUUUUCACGCUGUUCUAUUAACGAAGACAGGUGUUUGGCAGGAACCAAUGGGAUGCUUGGGGGCAGGUGUUCCUGUUGAUACAGGAAUGCCCACAUGCAGGAACACCCCGAAUUGCAAGCUGCAGUUGAACACUAAUUGUACUGGCUCGGUGAGAGGUUUGCGCUGCUCGAAUAUAAAAUGAAGUAUAUAUGUUUUAAGAUUUGGCACACAAAAGCAAUAUAUGUGCCAGUAAUGUUAAAUUAGUUUGAGUAUAAGUACCCGGGACCAUUUCACUUUCACGCAAGCCUAUAUCUGAAAGAGACAUGAUGAGAGACAUUACAUGAAAUUAGAGGAUCUGCUUGAAUAAAGCAAGAAGAACAGAUGGCAGUGGGAGUUUACUCGCUCACCUACGGAUUCUCGGAAGUCUGCCCGAUCUGCGUCCCCUUUUCCUGCGUCUUUUCACGCAAAAGGCGGGGAUCUGGGCCUGUUCCAGUGAAAGCAAGAUAUCCUUCUCGUCGGACUCGUUAAAGGAAAAAGUUUCUUCCAGUCCGCGGAACUGUACUAUCUGAGAAUGCAGAGGACGAGAGAGAAGACUGACAAGAUGGAGGAGAGCAAAGCCACGAGGAAGCUGCGGGUGUGCGUGGCGACGUGUAACCGGGCAGACUACUCCAAGCUGGCACCCAUCAUGUUUGGGAUCAAGGCCAACCCGGAUGAGUUUGAGCUGGAGGUGGUGGUGCUGGGAUCACAUCUCAUUGAUGAUUAUGGCAACACGUUCCGGAUGAUCGAGCAGGAUGACUUUGACAUCGGCUCCAAGCUGCACACCAUCGUGCGUGGGGAGGACGAGGCAGCCAUGGUGGAGUCAGUGGGUCUGGCGCUGGUCAAGCUGCCAGAUGUCCUCCACCGUCUCCGUCCCGACGUUCUGGUCGUCCACGGCGACCGCUUCGACGCCCUCGCCCUGGCAACUGCUGCCGCUCUGAUGAACAUUCGCAUCCUGCACCUGGAGGGAGGAGAGGUGAGCGGCACCAUCGACGACUCGAUCCGUCACGCCAUCUCCAAGCUGGCCCACUACCACGCCUGCUGCACCCGCACCGCCGAACAGCACCUCAUCGCCAUGUGUGAGGACCACACUCGCAUCCUGUUGGCGGGCUGCCCCUCCUACGACAAGCUGCUGGCCGCCCAUCACCGCGACGACUACAUGGACAUCAUCAGGAACUGGCUCGGAGACAAUGUGAAGGAGCAUGACUACAUCGUGGCCCUGCAGCACCCGGUCACCACCGACAUCAAGAACUCCAUCAAGAUCUACGAGCUGAUGUUGGACGCCCUCAUCUCCUUCAACAAGAAAACACUCGUCCUCUUCCCCAACAUAGACGCAGGAAGUAAGGAGAUGGUGCGCGUGAUGAGGAAGAAGGGCGUGGAGCAGCACCCUAACUUCCGGGCGGUGAAGCACGUGCCCUUCGAGCAGUUCAUCCAGCUGGUGUGUCACGCUGGGGCCAUGAUCGGCAACAGCAGCUGUGGCGUCAGAGAGGCAGGGGCCUUCGGGACCCCCGUCAUCAACCUGGGGUCCAGGCAGACUGGGAGAGAGACUGGUGAAAACGUCCUCCAUGUCCGAGACGCAGACACUCAGAAUAAGAUCUACCAUGCCCUGGAGCUGCAGUUUGGGAAGAGAUACCCCUGCUCGAAGAUCUACGGUGACGGAAAUGCGGUGCCUCGCAUCAUGAAGUUCCUGCAGACCAUCGACCUUGAUGAGCCGCUGCAGAAGACCUUCUGCUUCCCUCGCGUCAAGGAGUGGGACAUCUCCCAAGACAUCGACCACAUCCUGGAGACUCAGAGCGCCCUAGCCGUCGACCUGGGGGGGACCAACCUCCGUGUGGCCAUCGUCAGCAUGAGGGGUAAGAUAGUGAAGAAGUACACUCAGGCGAAUCCCAAAACCUACGAGGCGAGGAUCGAGCUGAUACUGAAGAUGUGUGCGGAGGCAGUCUUUGACGCUGUUCAUCUCAACUGCCGGAUUCUGGGAGUGGGUGUGUCGACUGGGGGCAGGGUGAACCCCCAGGAGGGUGUGAUCCUCCACUCCACCAAGCUGAUCCAGGAGUGGAGCUCCAUUGACAUCCGCACCCCCAUCUCUGACGCCCUCCACCUGCCCGUCUGGGUCGACAACGACGGCAACUGUGCCGCCCUGGCAGAGAAGAAGUUUGGCCACGGCAAAGGAGUGGAGAACUUUGUCACCAUCAUCACUGGAACAGGCAUCGGCGGGGGCAUCAUCCAGCACAACGAGCUGAUCCACGGCAGUACGUUCUGCGCGGCCGAGCUGGGCCACAUCAUGGUGUCUCUGGACGGGCCGGAGUGUAUGUGUGGCAGCCAUGGCUGCAUCGAGGCCUACGCAUCAGGCAUGGCCCUGCAGAAAGAAGCCAAGAGGCUCCAUGACGAGGAACUGCUGGAGGUGGAGGGGAUGGUGGAUCUGAAGAAGGCUGAGUCCGUCAGCGCCAUCCACCUCAUCAACGCAGCCCGCCUGGGCAACCGCAAGGCUGAAGCCGUCCUCAGAACAGCCGGCAUGGCCCUCGGAGUGGGCAUCGUCAACAUCCUCCACAUGGUCAACCCCUCUCUGGUCAUCCUGUCGGGAGUGCUGGCCGCCCACUACCAGGCAUCUGUCCAGCAGGUCAUAGGUCAGAGAGCCCUCACCUCCGCCCAGCGCAUCCAGGUCCUGACAUCCGACCUCGAAGAGCCCGCCCUACUGGGGGCCGCUAGCAUGGUGCUGGACUACACAACCAGGCGCAUCUAUUAAGAACAUUACGGUAAUGGACUACACAACCAGGCGCAUCUAUUAAGAACAUUACAGUAAUGGACUACACAUCCUAGCGCAUCUAUUAAGAACAUUACAGUAAUGGACUACACACCCAGGCGCAUCUAUUAAGAACAUUACAGUAAUGGACUACACAACAGGCGCAUCUAUUAAGAGCAUUGGUCAGUUAACAAGCUCUAGUUUUCAUUUAAGUGGUCCCCAAAGGAGGGCCAUAUCUUGCAAUUCCCUGGUGUAGAAAGAUUUGCUAUUAGCAAAUAGAAAUGGCUAAGAUAGAAGGUAGGAUCUACAGAUAGAUCUGCUCAAUAGGACCUACAUCUAUGCUACUGUCCCAGAUGGGACAAUCUGACAUGCUUUUCUAGCUAUCGACAACUCCUAUUGGACGAACCGCUGGCGGUCAUUUAUUUCAGUUAGACGAUGACAAGUUGGGUAUUUUCCAAAGGUGUCGUCAGUGAUAGUCUAAUUUUCAAUGUCAACAUAAUACAAUUUCUACAGGGGAUACAGUACUUAAAUGGUAGUACUAUAAACAACAGUGCUGAAAUAGUUGUGUGUGUGUGUGUGUGUGUGUGUGAAUACAUAUAUAGCAGCCUAUAUAGUAAUGAGUAAAUGGUUGGGUGUGUCCAGACAAAAGAUGUGACCAAAUUUGUAUUAAUUUAUGCUUGUACUACAUGGCCAUACUUUAACCCUCAUAAUUCCAUGUUUUUGUUACUUCUUAAUUCUAAACGUACAAUAUGUUAUUCUUGAAACCACGCUAUGAAAGCAGCAUGUUGCUAUGACAUAUUAACUGUACGUAUUUGUCAUACCGGGCUGUAAGCACUUUGCGCCACUUUAUCUUAUUUUGUCUCCAUUUUGGAAUCAGCGAACGCUACAGCUGGUUUGGAAAACCAAAUGCCCCCAGGAGAUAUUUUACGUUCCGCCAUGUUAAAUGUUUCAUUACAACCAAUCAAAUUAUUCAUUACCAUUCAAUCAUUUAAGUUGAGCAUAUGGAACUGGAACCAGGUGACUUACCCAAGGACCACUCUUUCUAGGACACAGUUACGACCUACCCUCAAAUGUAAUGCCUAUUCUAUGUAUGUCAUAGUUGUCUUGACUGUGUGCUGCCAAAUCACGUGUAUUCAUUAUCAUUCUUUUUUUGUUUUAUGCGCACUUCUUUUGCCUUGAUUGUCAUAUUUGAAGAGAUUACUGUGUACAAAUCAGUCAUGUGAUUAUCCCGUUUGUGUAUUUCUGUUUUUGAUUAUGUCAUGGAUACUGAAGCUUUUUAAUUUUACUUCACUUGGGUACUUUACACAUUAAAAACACACAAGAAAA